GUUGAAGUCUGUUUAUGUUCUGCCUUCCUCUGUGGUUCUGAUUACCAAAGAAUGUUUAUAAUCUGGAUUCAAAGUCUCAUGGGAACCAUUGACUCAGCACCAGCCACUGUCAUGACUGAGAAAAGCAUGUCUGAAACGGCUGGGAACUCUGCAUCAAGAAGCAUUGAGGAAUGGAAAGCAGUUUACUACAGUGGAACAGUCUGAUUUCGCAAAUCGUUGCACACUUCAUGCGGUUUCUCUUUCAUCGUUCGAUGCAGCUUCCUGUCCACACUGAAGAUUUUCAGCUUUUCUUCCACAACACUCGCUUAUUAUCACUGCAGGAUUAGACUGUGGUUUUGUGAGGGUCUCUUUCACUGCAGCUUUGACAGAUGACCUAUUGAAAUCACUACAGAACUGUCUGCCUGUUGCCAGGGCAACACUAGCUCACUUCUGCUUUUUAUGCGCUCACGUGACUGGCUGUUGACGUCACCGGGGGAGGGACGCUGCCAGAGUUUGGUCCACUCUUGACUGCAUAGGGCUUCGAAGAAUCUUGAGGACUUGUUGAAUUGACACGGUUGGUCUUAGUCUUGGCUGUCUCUUCGCUGUCUGUUACCACUGUCAUCAUCAUCUUCAUCGUCGGCAGGUGUAAAUAGCCGGGUUAUGGACUGUUGAAGGCAGUGGAUUGCAGGGGAAAAAUAAAAAUAGAAAAAGAGCGCUGUCUUGUGAAACUGAAACAUGGGGAAGCAGAACAGCAAGCUCCGCCCUGAGGUGAUGCAGGACCUGCUGGAGAGCACAGACUUUACGGAGCAUGAGAUCCAGGAAUGGUACAAAGGCUUUCUACGGGACUGUCCCAGUGGCAACCUCUCCAUGGAGGAAUUUAAGAAAAUCUACGGAAACUUCUUCCCUUAUGGGGACGCCUCAAAGUUUGCAGAGCACGUGUUCCGUACUUUUGACGCGAACGGUGACGGCACAAUAGACUUCCGGGAGUUCAUAAUUGCAUUGAGUGUCACGUCACGAGGGAAGCUGGAGCAAAAGCUCAAGUGGGCGUUUAGCAUGUAUGAUUUGGAUGGAAAUGGAUACAUCAGCAAGUCGGAGAUGCUUGAGAUUGUGCAGGCGAUUUAUAAGAUGGUGUCAUCAGUGAUGAAGAUGCCAGAGGAUGAGUCCACACCUGAGAAGAGAACAGAGAAGAUCUUCAGACAAAUGGACACCAACCGAGAUGGAAAACUGUCUCUGGAGGAGUUCAUCAAAGGGGCGAAGAGUGACCCAUCCAUCGUGCGUCUGCUACAGUGUGACCCCAGCAGUGCAGGACAGUUCUGAGAACAGCCUCAUGCGUCAACCUUUUAUUUAUUUAUGGGUUUUAAUUUAGUUUUUGAUAUAGUCGCAGCAGGGAAAUGAUGGCGGGUCAGGUGUUUUUUCCAGAGUGGGGCAUCUGGGUCUCAUCAGACUGAGCUUGGCCAGAUCUAGUAAUAGACACACACACACACACACACACACACACACAGUUAUUGGCUGUGCUAUCUCUGCAAGAGGCCUGUGAUGGAGUGAAUCGGGGGAACUAGAGCGUUCAUCUGAGCUCCAAUCACUGCCUGAUUAGAAUAGAGCUUUCAAUGUCAUGUGAAAUACAUAGUUUUAUUCUUAUUUUCUCUGAGUAUUAGAUGCAGCAGUUUAAGCGUGACCAAGACAGGGAUUUAAGAUAAGUAGAAGAGAAUUCUUUUCUUUUUAAAACCGAUGCCUGAAUCAUUGUUCAAACGUGACAGCAGUGGCAUCACUAGUUUUUUGUCUAAACACCUCAGCCUUAGUGAUCUAAAUAUCGGGGACGUUUUGAACUUUAUUUAGAUUAGAUCAUAUAGUUUAGUUUCUUUCGACUGAUUCUUUCUGGCAGAUCACAGUAUUAUUAUCCCAUGGGACCAAUGUAGAUUUUGUAACUGUACAAGGAAGUUUCCCCACGUUAUGCUUCCGAUCUGAAGAGCCUUAUUAGUGCUGGAAGCGCACAUUCAGUUUAGUGUGGAUUAGUCUGGUUUUGGUCGUACAGUCUACCGUUCAAACGACAUGAAUUGAACUGCGUUCUCUUUUUCCAGUUUUCUAAUGUUUGUACUCUAGUAACCGUAGGCCUGUAUAUAAAUCUGAAGUGUCAGACGCGUACGCAUGCAAAAGUGUACUCAAGAGUUCCAUCUUAGGAUGCAGCGAUGGGUUUUAUUGAUGUUUUUUAGCAAAAGCAUGUAACAUCAAGUUUAUCUGCAUUUGUGGACUGGAGAGUAUUUGUGUGGUUUGUAUGCACGUGUUGUGGUGAAUAUCAGUUACAGCCCUGUUCGCUCACCCUGGUUAUCGGUGUCGUGAUGCAUCGUUUGCAUUGGCGCAGAACGUUUUUGUCGUUGAACGAGAACUAAAGCUUGAUUGAUUCAAAGCUUCUUUGAUUUUUAGAAUCACUUUUCUCUUUAUCUCUGGAUUGUACACAUGAACAUCAAGUUACUGAAUUGCCUUAAACGCACUCAAUGUUUCUGUGGGUGAGUGGUUUUUAUAUGGCUUUUUUUUUUUUUAAUCAAGCUUAAGUUGCAGUAAAUUUGCUCGCUUUUGAAAUGAUAAUCCUUCACAUGUUGGAGAGUUUAACUAUGCUCUUCAUUAACUAUGAAGACUUUAACUAUGCGUCCCGUUCACCCCUUGAACAGAUGUAAUUGUUGACAGCCUCUUACUGAAUCACUCAAAGUGUGUAAAUGGUAAUACACUGUAAAAAUGCUAAUCUAAUCAAUAGAAUUGUGGCAACAGAUUACAAGCAAUAUUAAUAAUUAAAUGUAACAAAUUAGAAUUGAGUAAUAUUUAAUCAAGUUAUUCCUUAAAAGUUAACCAUUUAAAAUGAGUAAAAUUGAAAACCGUAAUUUUAAAACAAACCAAACACCAAUCACCAUAAUGGUGACUUAAAUGUAUGUUUAAGGAAUUAAUUUGAUUUAAUUAUUUCUCAAUUCUAAUUUGUUAAAUUUAAUUAAUAAUAUUGCUUGUAAUCUUUUGCCACAAUUUUAUUAUUCAUUUUUACAGUGUAGGACCCCAUUGCUUUUCAAAUGCCCCUUGCACUCAUGUGGUACCUAUUCUCGUGUCCAUUUCACUUGAAUUCAACGGUAGGUAGACGGCGUUUAUUCAGAGCUCCUAAUAGUUCCCAUAUCACCCUCUGUCGUGCUUUUAGUAAUCAUGCCGAAGCCACAGAGAUCCACACUCCUCCUCCUCUUCCUGCUGAUGUUCAGUGUUUUUGAUGUCCCUGUGAACGUCAAAUGCCUCACCGCAGUGCAUUUGGUUCUGCUAUACUGUUAAUGAACAUAAUUGAAUGUUUUUAUCGUUUUAUUUUAAUCUUUGAACAACUGCUGUUUUGUAAAAAUAUUGAAAAAAGAAAAGUGGCAGGUCAAAACUGCUCGAUUUCAUGUUCGAUGCAUAUUUUAUGUAGUUUUUUUCGUUCUUUUUUUUGUUCUUUUUAAACAUCUGACGUAACAUUUCUGUAUCACAAUUAUAUCGUGGUCAGGUGCCAAAAAUAUGAAUGCAGUAUUGUAUAAAUUUAUACUGUACAAUUGUUAUUUGUUAAACAAAUUGUUUGUAAUUGUUGAAUUUUGUAGAUUUUGUAUGGUAAUCUGUAUUUCGUGACUGUAGAUUUGAGACAUAGAAAUUUGUUUUGGUUAUCAUAUUGAGCAGAAAUUAAAUCUGGAGAGAACGGAGUGUGUUGUUGCAUUGAUUUGCUUUUAGAAAAAAAAAAAUAAUAAAUGUUCAAUGGCAGGUACUAAUAGAAGCUCCCCAAAAGUGGUUGAAAUGUUGUAGUACCCACCUUGGCCACAAGAUGUCAUAACUGAAAAGGCUCCAAAUAGAAACUUAAAGGGGUCUGUCAGGUGAUUCAUUUUUAGAACCGUUUAGAGCUUUUAUGGAUUGAGUUUUAAUUAGUUUGUUUGAUCCAGUGUUAUUUAUUAAACGUCUCAUACACGUACUUUAUCACUAGAAAAAAAAUUAAAUAACCUGUUAAACAUGGAAGCAUAAAGCUAUACUUUUAGACAUGUCUCUCUUUUUUUUUUUUUACUGGUUGAUUCUUUAAUUGUUACAUUUGAUUCACCUUAAUCCUUCUGUGGUUGCAUUCUUGGCUUCGUUUAAUAAAAUGUAAACACAAAUGGAUGAAAAGCAAA